UUAGAAAUUAUUGAACCUUUACAACAGCAAGUCUUAGCAUUAUGAUUCCAAUUGCUCGGAAGGCUACUCCUAGCCCAAGAAGGAUGCAGAUGCAUUUAACAGGAAUCUGGUGUAGAUUUACAAAAUAUCCACCUCAAAAGAGCAUAGGGCCAAGUAAGAAUAUGACCAUUGUUGUGACCAUCAUUGGAUCUGUCACUGAGCAUCCUAUUGCGAAGCCCAGAGAUGUACCGAAGAACACUACUGAAACUAAAAUACAUGAGAAGAUCAUUAAUUUAUCGAACUCUGGAGUCAAUCCUGCUGCAAAAUACACAAUCAAAGAUGCCAAAAAAGGAAAUAAAAGUUGGAAAGGCGCCUCAAUAACUGACUUUGAUAGGAAGUAA